AUGAUGGCCUUGAAACGGAAGGCAUCAUCAGAGGGGGCCACAACCCCCAAACGACGCCAGAAGCAGACUGUCAUGGACAAUUCCGAUAUGAUCUAUGAGGAGACUCACUCUGAUGCCGAGUACUCAGCUCCUGGAACUCCAAGCUUAAUGAGCGAAGACAUGGACGAUUCUCCGGCGACCCCAUUCUCCGCCACCUCUUCCCGACGUGACCGAUACCCAUCCGAGUCCAAAACCCUACCUUGCCCAUUCGAAGGGUGCGAUAAGGCCUUCAAUCGUCCGGCUCGACUUCAGGAGCAUAUCCGAUCACACAACAACGAAAGAAUUUUCAAGUGUGACGUUGAGGACUGCGAUAAAACAUUCCUACGCAUUACCCAUCUUCAACAUCAUACCAAGAGUGCACACACAAAUGUUCGAGACUACGUUUGUGACUACCCGGGUUGUGGAAAGAGCUUUGUGAACGGGUCACGGCUUCGCCGACACGUUGCUACGCACGAUGGACACGAUAAGUACCGUUGUAACGAGUACCCACCUUGUAACGAGACAUUCCGGAAGCACUCGACGCUACAGAAGCAUGUCACAGUUGUGCACUUGAACCAGAAGCCAUUCCCAUGUAAUCACAUCGACCCAAUCACGAAGGAGAAAUGCGAUAUGGCUUUUGACAAGGCUGGUAAUCUCCGGACUCACCAGAGCAGAGUCCACUCCGAGAAGCGAUUCACUUGCGCAGAAUGUGCGGAAGAUAUGGAAGCACAAUCAUCCGAAAUGGCCGGCGAUAGUGCAAAACAGGAUGUUUCAUUCCCUACAUAUGCCAGUCUACAAAACCACAUUAAGAUUGUUCACCCUCCCUCAUGCCCCGAAUGUCCAUUGGUAUGUUCCACAGCACGGGGACUGCGACAACACCUCGAGAUAGCCCAUGGCAACGUUACUCUCGAAGAACGAAAAAUCUUCCCCUGUACUGUUCCUGGUUGCGGGCAGAGCUUCACCAAGCAAGGCAACUUGACCGUCCACAUCCGCACAGUCCACCAAGGCGAGAAACGGUUCGUCUGCGGCGAAACAGAUCUCUCAAAAUCCACCAAGCUGGAUGGAUGGGACCGCGUCGGUUGCGGCAAGCGCUACGGCAACAAGCUGACACUCGAAGACCACAUCCGCGUUACACACAUGGGUCUCCCGAAUGCCAGGAAACGACGUCAAGCAAAGACGAGCAAAAAGCCAGUGCAGGAUGCCGUUUCAACUCUUUCCGCUCUCACGGGUCAAGGCUAUGCCGAGGAAACAGGACGACAGAUUGCAUGCUUCUACCCCGAGACGUGCCCACAUCGUUUCCAUCGCAAUUACGAUCUGUGGGUACACAUGACGACCAAACACCACUGUAUGGAAGACGAGGUCCAGAACAUGUUUAUGCAGCGCGCACUGCUUACCGAUGAAUCCAGCCCUGGAGUCAACUCGCUGGGAAUCUAUGGUCUUGGAUAUGACCAGGAUGGUCGGUCUUACUACCAACCAUCCCAGUCAUAUACGACAGGAGAUCAUUCCUCGGAUGUUGCUUUCGGCUCACAGUCGAACGAUUCGUCUUAUCUCCCUAGCCAGCCGGGGUUGGAUUCUGAUUAUUUGAUGCAAGACGAUUUCCCAAUGAGGGCAGUUGACAACAUUUGA